UCUAAAUUUAUAUGUGGCCCUUCCUCGCCUCUUUCUUCUCGAUUAUCUCUCUCUCAACCUCGCUCCCACUUCUCAAUUCCCUCAACGGGUCUUAACCCCAUAUAUAUCCUACAGAUCGACUCGAUCUGGCUCACCCUUUCAUCCUGAAGACCCUCUGAUCCUGAAGACCCAAGACCUUCAGUCGUCAUAGCUACCUCGACUACUUGUCCUAACUAGGAGAAAGUCUUGCUAGCGCUGCAUCACACCCCCGACCGACCGAGCGACAAUCCGACUCAGGGACCCACGGCACGCCUUGACGACUCAAAUACCCACGUUGUGCCAUUGCUGAUCAACCUUUUUGAUCUCCCCGUUCUUGCAUACCUACUCAAGAAUUUUAUUUCAUCUCCCUUUUCCCAUCGUCUUUUUUUUGAGCGUUGUCCUUUUUUCCCAUUUGACUUUGCUGUUGUUGUUCCAACAUGUCUCAACCAGGCAAGAAUUCUGCCAAGACGGCCUUGGAAAAGUUCAUCGGCGCCGAUCACACCGAACCCGAAGAGAAAGCGCCUUCAAUCUCCAAUGCCGACCUUUACAUCGAGGAGGAGCCUACAGUUGGUGAAUUUCUUCGAGAAAUCACACCCAGCGCCCGUGCUGUUGGAGAAUACUUUUACAACCUCUUCCCGUUCUUGUCAUGGGUUGGCAAGUACAAUUUGAUCUGGUUCAUUGGUGACUUGGUUGCUGGUAUCACUGUUGGUGCUGUCGUUGUUCCCCAGUCUAUGGCCUAUGCCCAGCUGGCACAGCUUCCCGUCGAGUAUGGAUUGUACUCAUCCUUCAUGGGUGUCUUGAUCUACUGGUUCUUUGCCACAUCCAAGGACAUCACCAUUGGUCCCGUCGCUGUCAUGUCCCAGGUCACAGGUAACAUCGUUCUCAAGGCUGCCGAUUCCUUGCCCGAUGUUCCUGGUCACGUUGUCGCCUCCGCCCUCGCGGUCAUCGUCGGCUCAAUCGUCACUUUCCUCGGUCUCGCUCGCCUCGGAUGGCUCGUUGAGUUUAUCCCUCUGCCUUCCAUCUGUGCUUUCAUGACUGGCUCCGGUGUCAACAUUAUCGCUGGUCAAGUCCCCAAGCUUAUGGGCAUCAAGGGUGUCAACACCCGUCAGGCAACCUACCGUGUGAUCAUUGACACCCUCAAGAACCUGGGUGGCAGCAAGCUCGAUGCUGCUAUUGGUCUGUCAGCCCUGACCAUGCUCUACCUGAUCCGUAUUUUCUGCAGCACCAUGGCCAAGAAGCAGCCCCAGCGCGCUAAGCUGUACUUCUUCAUUUCGACCUUGCGAACCGCCUUUGUCAUCCUGCUGUACGUUGGUAUCAGCGCGGGUAUGAACAUCAACCACCGCUCCAAGCCCCGCAUCAGCAUUGUCGGCGACGUCCCCAGUGGUUUCACUCACGCUGCUGUCCCCGAGAUCAACACCCCCAUCAUCAAGUCUUUCGUCUCUGAGCUUCCCGCCGCCGUCAUCGUUGUCCUGAUUGAGCACAUCUCCAUCUCCAAGUCUUUCGGUCGUGUCAACAACUACGUUAUCGACCCCUCUCAGGAACUCGUCGCCAUUGGUGUCAGCAACCUUCUCGGUCCCUUCCUUGGAGCUUACCCCGCUACUGGAUCUUUCUCCCGAACUGCCAUCAAGUCCAAGGCUGGUGUCCGAACUCCCUUCGCUGGUGUCAUUACUGCUAUUGUCGUCUUGCUUGCUCUCUACGCCCUUACCGCUGUCUUCUUCUACAUCCCUAACGCAGGUCUUGCCGGUGUCAUCAUCCACGCUGUCGGAGAUGUCAUCACUCCUCCCAAGGUUGUCUACCAGUUCUGGCGCGUCUCCCCCAUUGAGGUCAUCAUCUUUUUCGCUGGUGUACUCGUCACCAUCUUCAGCUCCAUUGAGAACGGUAUCUACACCACCAUCGCCAUGUCCGCUGCUGUCGUCGUCUUCCGUCUCUUCAAGACCCGUGGUCGCUUCCUCGGUGUUGUCCGUGUCCGAACCAUGAAGGCCAACGUCAGUGACGGUACCUCCAGCCCUGGAUCCGUUGACGAGGGUGAGGGUUCUCUCCGAGCUGGCUUCCUUCCUCUUGAUCACGGCAACGGUGCCAACCCCAAGGUCGUCGUCCGUACUCCUUACCCUGGAGUCUUCAUCUACCGAUUUGCCGAGGGCUUUAACUACCCCAACGCAUCUCACUACCUUAACCACCUCACCGAGACCAUCUUCAAGGAGUGCAGACGAACUAACCCUGCUCUUCUGGGUAAGCUUGGUGACCGUCCCUGGAACGACCGAGAGCCCCGCCACAUCAAGGCUGUUGAGAACGAUGAGCGACCCAUUCUGAAGGCUGUUGUCCUCGAUUUCUCCAGUGUCAACAACGUCGACGUUACUUCCAUUCAGGCUCUGAUUGAUGUUCGCAACCAACUUGACAAGUUCGCUGCUCCUGAGGUCGUCGACUGGCACUUCGCCAACAUCGAGAACCGAUGGACCAAGCGUGCUCUGGCUGCUGCUGGCUUCGGUUUCCGCACUCCCCGCACAAACCAUGAUGGUACCGGACAGUGGAAGGCCAUCUUCUCCAUUGCCGAUCUCGGUGGUGACGACAGUGCUGCUACUGCUGCUGCUCUCGAUGAGAAGGCCAAGAGCGCCCCUGUCAAGCAGGACAUCGAGGCCGUCGACGAUUCUAUCAACAGCAUUGGCUCCGAGAAGGGUGUCUCAAGAGACCCAACUAGCGCUCGUCUCAUUGCCGUGCAGGGCCUCAACCGACCUUUCUUCCAUCUUGAUUUGCAGGAGGCCGUCGACGCUGCCGUUUCCGCCGCCGAGUUGAAGCAGCACUAAGUUGGCUAUUAUUACAUAUUAAUCGUUGUCUACAUGGGUAUCAUGGUGUUUCAUGGAGUUUUAAUUCGUUAAAAGAUUUGUCAUGAUGGAAUCAAAUCGCCAUAGAGGUUGUGAGGCGAUGUGUCUAUACCCGAUUUAGUUUUUGAUGUUGAUCUAGUUCUAGUGUUUACAUAUGGGAAGAUGCCAAUGGUGAAGUUGUCCAUGGCUUAUGAAUGACAAUGACUUAUCACUUUUGCA